AUGGACCCGUCUAUCUUCAAUGGGCCCGAGGCCGAUGAUAAACUCCAUAAUCCCGAUCCGCGGCGCGACCAGAGGAGUGACAAGGGCGGAACCAUCUUCACGGGUCGCGGCUUCAUAAACCUUGGAUGCAUUAUCAUUCUCGUCACCGGUAUCGUCACCCUCUUCGCUGGGUACCCUGUCAUUUCAUUCAUGACGACCAACAAGCCUUCGUUUUUGGGUGGCUUUAACCUUGGGGGCAUCAACGCAACUGGCCAGGUUCCCGCCAUCCCCGGAAACUGGGGUCUUAUCGACCUCGAGACUCCCCAGGAUGCGUAUUCCAAGAACGAUUACGUGAACGGCCAACAGUGGGAACUCGUCUUUAGCGAUGAGUUUAACACUGACGGACGGUACUUCUACCCCGGCGACGACCCGUACUGGGAGGCGGUGGACCUCCACUACUGGCAGACGAACAACCUCGAGUGGUACGACCCCGAAGCGAUCACGACCCGCAACGGUGCUCUCGAGAUCACCCUCUCUAAGAAACCGAACCACGAUCUCAGCUACACCGGAGGGAUGAUGUCGACCUGGAACAAGUUCUGCUUUACCGGUGGUCUAGUAGAGGCUUCUGUAAUGCUCCCGGGUGCGAACAACAUCAGAGGUCUUUGGCCUGCCGUCUGGGCCAUGGGUAACCUCGGACGUGCUGGUUACGGUGCCUCGCUUGACGGAAUGUGGCCGUACUCGUAUGACUCGUGUGAUGUCGGCACGGUUCCGAACCAGACCGUGAACGGUCUACCCGUCGCUGCUACGGUCAACGGAGAUGAAGGACAGGACGGCAUCCUGUCCUUCCUUCCUGGCCAACGUCUCUCGCGCUGCACCUGCAAGGGCGAGUCUCACCCUGGUCCCGUGCAUGAGAAUGGCGAGUACGUUGGCCGCUCCGCCCCCGAGAUCGACAUGUUCGAGGCCCAGGUCGGAGGCUCGCCCAUGGGCGAAGACGUCGGGGCGGUCUCCCAGUCUGGCCAGUGGGGGCCGUUCAAUGAGGGAUACCACGCGGACAACUCGAGCUACGUCAUUGCCGACACAACCAGAAGCAGACCCAAUCACUAUGAGGGAGGCUCGUUCCAGCAAGCCACCUCUGUGGUCAGUGCCACUAACCAGCAGGCUUAUGAGUUGAGCGGUGGACAGUACACCACCUACGGCUUCCAGUAUAAACCUGGCGUCGAUGGCGCUUACAUAUCCUGGAUCAACGAUGGCGCACUCGCGUGGACGGUGAAAGCCGCCGCCGUCGGACCCGACGCGGCGGUGGAGAUCAGCCAGCGUGUGGUCCCCGAGGAACCUAUGUACCUGAUUGCAAACCUGGGCAUGUCAAAGAACUUCGGCUUCGUCGACUUCGACAACCUCGUCUUCCCGACCAAGAUGCGCAUCGACUGGAUACGUGUGUACCAGGACCCGAACGCGAAGAACGUCGGCUGCGACCCCGACGACUUCCCCACCGCUGCGUACAUCAAGGAGUACGAGGAGGCGUACACUAACGCGUUGCUGACGACGUGGGUGGACGACUUUAAGCAGGUGAUACCCAAGAACAGCUUCUUGAAGCAGUGCUGA